CGUUGCUAUGGUAACCGUGUACGGUGGCUGUGCUACUUAAAACGCUGUACUAAUUAAUGCUAGUUAGCAACGACGACUAAAAUAAAAUGUAAAAACGUAAACGACGAAAACAGAAUAAAGGAAUGCCCCAAAGCAACAUAUGCUAAAAAUGGAUCUUUUAGUGGAUAACCUGAUAGAAGAUGAGGCUGAGAGAGACAGUCUUCUAGCUAAACCCACUUGUUUCAUCGUUGUUGGGAAACCGGGUGUUGGUAAAUCCACCUUGGCCCAAAAAAUUGCAGAGUCCUGGAAGUGUAUCCUGGUAGAUGAUACUGAUCUGCUCAACACACACAUAAAAAACAAAACAAAGGAAGGAGUAGAGCUCUUGGCUAUCUUAUCUGAGGGGAGAAGUAUACCGGAGGAUGUGGUGCUGCAGCUGAUUCUUGCCAGACUUAACUCACCAGAUGUGGAGCACUAUGGCUAUGUGCUGAGCUGCCUGCCGUUCAUGUCAGAAGAGUGUCUGAAGAUUCGUGAGCAGAUUGACCUGAUCAAAAACCUCAAGCUAUCGCCCGAUUUCAUCAUUAAUAUCAAGUGUGCAGAUAAGGACCUGGUCCAGAGGCUGUCUGGUCUGAAGCAGCACCCAGAGACAGGGAAGUUCUACAACCGGGAUCAGUGGAAGCGUGAAGAGGUGUACAACAAGAAGAAAGACAACGAUGAUCAGGAUGUGGGGAAUGAAGAGGAGCAGGCUGAGGAGGAAGAACUCCCAAAAGAAAACCUUGACCAGAUUGUGUGGAGACCAGAGUAUCUGGCCAGAAAUACAUCUGUUGGAAUCAGCAUGUACAAGGAUACUGUGCUCAGACCACUGGAGGACUACAUGAUGCAUCACCAUCCCCUGUACUUGCUGGAGCUGGAUGGACACAAUACACCCGAAGAGCUGCACUCGUCUGUAAUGUCCCGUCUUGGAUCUAUGGCUAUAAAACGUGUAUCCCUUCCAGUCCUCCUCCCCCAGAAUGAUGAUAAGGAAUUGACAGAGGAUGUCGACACGGAGGAGCUACUGAGAAUUAUGUCUUCUUCUAAUACAGUGGCCCCUGGCUUCAGGUGGAGACGGAGCCGCUGGGGCCGGACUUGUCCUGUUGCUCUGAAGGAGGGCAAAGUCAUUCCUGGCACGCCUGAGUUUUCUGUGGGCUUCCAGGACAAACUGUACAUCCUUUCAUCUCAAGAGGCCUACCAUAAAUUCAUCACAAACCCUCGGCGGUACUUACUUCCUCCAAUGCCCAGGGCCCCCUGCAGAGUUUCCGUCAUUGGGCCCCCUCAGGCAGGGAAGAGCACACUAUGUAAGCUUCUCGCUCAUCACUACAACGCAGCGGUACUUGACAUGGAGGAAGCGCUGCAGACAGCUCUGGCCAAGGUCGAAAAGGAGAGGCUUGACAAAAUCAGAAAUGAAACAACACAGGUUGCUAUAGAGAAAAUCAAGACCAAGCUGGAGCAAGACGGUGAACAAAAUUCAGGCAAGUUGAGUUCUGAUCAUCCAGAGGUCCAAGCCAUGGUGCUUGCUGCUGUGGAAGAAGCCAAACAAUUAAGCACAUCUCCCUUGGGCCUGUAUGCUGAGGUAUUGGAGAGGCGUAUCAAAGAGACUGAAGAGGCAGACUCAGAUGCGGAGUGCAGGACUGGCUGGGUGCUCGACAAUUUUCCCAAGAACUUUUCCCAAAUGGAUGCCAUACAGAAAGCUGGAAUCCUCCCAGAUAUCGUCUUCUGUCUCAGAGACAGUGAUGGACAUGAGGUUUUGAAGAGACUUUAUGAGAUGAAUAAGGAAAGUGUGAACAAAGCUUUAAGGAAGCGGUUAGAGGAUGAGCAGUCUCACCAGGAGAAACAAGCUAUAAACCAAAAGGAGCAGGAAUCAGAGGGGCAAUCCAAUCUAGAGACAGUUGUCGAAGAGACCGAUGAAGAUCCUGAGCAAUCAGAUGCCACCAACCCUCCGCAUUUUGACAUAACCAAAAAGGAAACUGUGGGACUGUUGGAGGUCGGUUAUCCAGAUGGCCCAGAGAUGAAUGAGUAUAAAGUGCAGUUGCGACAGUUUGUGAGAGAAUGGGAUCAAAUGCAGUCGGCUUUAACAGUCACCCAGUGUGUACUGGAGAUUAACGGCAAAAGCCCUGAGAACCUACUUCAAGAGAUCCUCCAACAAAUGCAGAAACCCUUUAAAUAUGUCGCCUGCGAGUUGGAUGUGGAGGCAGAAGAUACUGAGGCCUUUGCUGAUCUGGAAGGAGCUGAAGAAGGCAGCAGUGACAAUGAUGCAGGAGAGGAGGAUGAAGGAGACGCAACACCCAAGCAUUUAUUAGGAGACACCCAUCAUUUCUGCCCGGUUGCCUUAAAACACCAUAAUGUCCUGUGGCCCUGUACGGAUGAAACUGCAGCCAAGUACCGUGAGAAGAUCUUCUACUUCUCCAGCCUAGAAGCCAGGAAAUCCUUCCUUCAGAACCCUGCACAUUUUGUUGCACAGACUGAGCUGCUUAAGCCUCCAGCCCUGCGGAUCUUUUUGCUUGGCACCAGAGGGUCGGGCAAGACAACUCAUAGCAAGUGGCUGGUACAGCAACUUGGGCUCUUCCAUAUUCAGUUCAGGGAAUAUCUUCAAAUGCUCAUCAUGGCCAAGACAAACAAACGAGUACCUUAUGCUGAUGAGGUAGCAUCUUUAGAGGAUGAUUCUCAAGACUUGGAGGCCCAAAUAAAGGAAGCCAUGGGGGAGGAUACCUCUGCCAUCAGUAACGACAAGGAGCAGGAAGUAGUACUAACUGAAGAAGAAAUGGCUAUCAAAGCAUAUCUGUUGAGUGGAGAUCCACUGAAUCAAGAGAUUCUGGACAGGGUUAUCGCACCAUAUUGGGAAGAAGAACCAUACAAGUCUACAGGUUUUAUUUUGGAGGGCUUCCCUCAAACUCCAGAUGAGGUGCAGUACAUGUUGCAUCAUCAGCUUUUCCCUGAUGUUGUGGUUGUCAUGGAAGUGGAUGUUACACAAGUUCAGAACCGUCUGUUGCCGGCGUACCUGGAUAACUGGCGCGACCGCCGCAACAAACGCGAAGCACAGCAGAACCUCCUACGUGAUCUGCGUAAGAAAAAACGGGAGGAGAGCAUCUCCAAGAGAAGAGCUCAACUCAUAGCAGAGCAGACAAACAAAAGAAAUUUCAGAUAUCAAGAGGAAGAAGUAGAUGAUGAAGAGGAUGAAACUGCAGACAACAUAGAGGAAAACAUAGAGGCCAUACUGGAGGAAGAGUUUCCUUUAGAAGAGGAUAACGAAGAUAUGGAGAAUGAGGAGACUGAGGAUGCAGCUACUGAGAGGCUGGAGAUGGAAAUAGAAGAGCGUUUUGUGACAGAUGAAACCAACCUUGCUACUAUGUUGGAACUCCUGAGUGAACAAAAUAUACCCAAACUGACAAUCAAUGCAGCUCGCAAGCUCAAGAUCGUUCAGAAUCAGCUGCUCCAGAAAAUCCAGCCCCUCCUGACCAACAGGGAGUCACUCUUCCAAAAAUGCCGACCCAUUUCAUCCAGCCUGGCAAAUAAGCUGCUGCUCUCAUCUUACAAGUUUCCCAGUGCCUUUGGCUGCUUCGACCCCGUCAAGCAGUACAAAGGCAGAGACUUGAUCCAGCCUCUGCAGUGGCCGCUCAACACCUCAUAUCCCCUGCUCUUUCAUCAGUAUGUCUACUUCUUUACAUCUAAAGAGAACCGCAACACAUUUAUGCUCAACCCUUUAAAGUGCCUUCGUCAACCCAAGCCCGUCCCAUCCCUUCCUGUUAAAAUGGCAGUCACUGGGCCUCCCAAAUCUGGAAAAACCACUGUGGCACAGAUGUUUGCUGAAAAAUACGGCUUGGCUCGGCUGUCCAUUGGUGGUGCUAUGCGUAUGGUGCUUGACUCUCAGGAAGACACUGAUCUGGCUGUCCACAUGAAAACUCACCUCUACCAGGGCCUCGUUGUGCCGGAUGAACUGGCAAUUCAGUGUCUUGAGGUGGCACUCAUGAGCUCGGUAUGCAUCAGUCGAGGGUACGUGUUAGACGGCUUUCCGAUGACUCUUAAGCAGGCACAACUAAUGGAGUCUCGAAGCAUUAUCCCCAUGAUCGUAGUGGAGCUUGAGCUGGACACAGUGGAGGUGUUGAAGAGAGGCCUUGCAGACAAGAUGAAGCCCAACAAGCCUUACCUGAAGCACGACAGCUCUGAGAUGCUUCACAUUUCUAAUAUGUGUUACAAGAAGGAGAUGGAGCAUGUAAGACUUCACUUCCAGCAACAGUAUCAGAACUGGUAUGUCCUUGAUGGCUUAAAGAGCAAAUGGGGGCUCUGGGACAGUAUUCUAAAGGAGAUCGGCAUCAGUGUGAAAUAUAUCAACACUUACCUGGAGAGGAUGCGAAGCGGGCAGGCAGCCUGCAUCAACAGACUGUGCAUCACACCCAGGAAAGUGGAGCGUGGGCUUGGAGAGUUUGGUCAUUACUGCCCCGUCUGCCUGGCGCUACAUCACCACCUAGUGGACUGCUCAGAAACUGUGGCCUUGACCCAUGUGGCUGUAUACAGGGGACGCUAUUACAAGAUGUGUGGUGAAAACCAUUUAGAGAAGUUCCUGUCUACUCCUGAUCAAUUUGUGACCCCUGGCUGCCCUCACACCCUCCCACAACCCCACCUGUUGCCGAGGAAACUGACUGAGAUUCAGGUGAAAAACAGGUUCCCCCAGCAAGCUGAGAUGAAGGGCUUGUGUCCCGUUACUUACCUGGAUGGAAAGCAGAGGUAUGAAGCACUUGUUCGAGGAAAGAUGGAAUAUGCUGUGGAAUACAGAGAACGAAUCUAUUGCUUUGACACAAAGCAGAACCAGGACAAGUUUUUAAGGACUCCUGAAAUUUACUGGGACCAGAAGCUUCCCAGUAAAAUUCCUCCUCUUUGUGAGCCUUUGCCCCUCACCUCCCUUCCAAGGUUGGGCUACCUGGAACAGGGAGUGGCAGAACCGGUGAUCAAAGCCAUGACAGCUGUUGGGUGUCUCAAACCAAAAUAUCCCUUUCACAGUAUACAAAGAUCAGCUCUCCUCUAUGUGGCUUUCUAUUUGAAAGCUUUCAACCCCAAGAGCUCAGAGUACGCUCGCCAGAAAUACAAAAAGAAGCUGGCCUUGUUUGAAGAGAACUGUGAACUCAUUCCCUACCUGAGCUCAGAGAUGAGCAGAAACUUCAGGCUUUCCAGUGAACUCCCCAUUGAUUUUGAGUUCAAACUGAACCGGUUCCUGGCCUUGGCAGACUUGUCUACAGCUGAUGAUGUGCUGUAGCUUUAUUAUUUGUGUUACACCUUUAACUUCAUCCUGUUACUGUAUUUGUUAUGGCGUGAUUAUCUGUAUGUCAGCAAUGCAAUUUAAUAUAUAUAUUUCAAAUAAAACCUCUUUAAGAAUGUA